CUUCUGCGUGCAAACCACAAGGGAGCACGCGAGCUUGGUGUUGGUGCGGCCGCACAACAUCAUCCAUCUCGAGCCGCUAGCAUGCGUGUUUUUCUGUCGUGCCGUCGUUCGUCUCGAAUUCCGUCGAAAAUUCACAGCGUCAACACGUUUCAGCACCGUGGCUAAGCAUGUGAAUACCGUGCGGAACGAUAUUUGCGAUAAGUGAUAAGUUGCAGCACCACCAGUUCUCCGUGCAAUACCGUGGCAUAGUUAUAAUUGUGCAGCUACAAAAACGCCGCAUCCGAUCACGGUAGGAAAAGCCACCCUUCUUCUGCUAGUUCGCGACCGACACACCACCGUCAGAACCCCAAGAACGUUGCGAACACCGCCGAGCUGCGUCACUGUGAUCGUGUUCCUCGCUGCAAGUCAAUUAUUUUAUUUAGCAACGUUCUGUGCAUACAAAUGUUUUCGUUUCCGUUUGCGUACACGCAAGAUAGUUAAACUGUGAAGGGACUUGUCCCUCGUACAAUAAAUCGUGUCCGCGCAAACGGCCUCCUAAUAAGGUGCUUCCUAAUAGUGCUAUAACCUGAUGCGAAAGUGGCAAAGACGGGUGUGUGUGCGCGCAUGUGUGACUUGAUUGAAAGGCACAAAGUUCGAGACAACGUUUAAAUUGCUAUCAGCAUUUCGAAUCCCACUAGCGCAAAACAUUCAAGCAGUUGAAGAAUAAAAAGCGUUCAACAACAAGGACAAUGAAGCUGCAUCAACCUCAACCAGCCCUAGCUUUGCUCGGAGGAUUGACCCUGGUUCUCUGCACGCUUGGUGGCAUUAGCGCCGCCAGCGGUGGACUAAUGGGAGGCGGUGGUGCCGGUGGAGGAAGUGGUAGCAGCGGCGGUGCUCGAGGAUCGGGCAUGUACAACUACGGCAUCAGCGGUGCCGGGAUGCGCCGAGGUGCCGGUGUGUAUGGCCCGGUUGGCCUUGGCAAUCCGCACGACGCACCGCGCUAUCUGCAUCCUGGGCAGGGCGGCGACGCGUCAGCCACCAAGGGUCCCAGUUCGUCUAAAUCGGGCCACCAUCGUCUUUCGGCCUGGGGAAUCAUUACGAUCGUUACGUUUGUCAUACUGAUCGGGGCUGGCGCGUACUGGGGCUUUAUCUGCUAUCCGUUCUUCUGCAAGAAGGAGAGCAGCUACAACAUGAUGUUGAACAUGUCGUCGGCCACCACCGCCACACCGUCAACGCGAUCGACCGAGUUCGAAAAACUCGAUCACUGCUGCUCUAAAUCGACCACAUCUACUCGAAGCAACGAUACGGGCAUCAGCAACAUCUAACGACGCUGCCGACAUCAUCGCCAUCAUUCCCGCAGCGCAAACCUUGCCAGAGAAACCGAAUGAAAGUAUGCACAUUGGACCCUUAUAUUCUUAUGACUAGGCCACCACACUACGAUAGGCUCCAACCUACACGAAACCCAACUACGAAUGUUGUGAAAAAAGCGUGCUUAUUUUACUCUUACUAUCCCGUAAACGACUUCAAUUCGCGUGUGUCAAAAGUAUUUCUUUUGAGUGACUGAUUUUUUGUCCUUAGCAUCUUAUUUUUCUCACCGUGACAAAUUUAUAGUGAUUGCAUUUUUCUGCGUAGGUAUAACGAGAAUGAAACAUACACCUUCUACUACUACAGUGAUAGCUUGCGGAACGGUAAAGUAGUAAACAUUGAAAAUAUUAGCCGAAUAGGUAGAAAAGUAUUGAAAAUAAAAGACUUUGUAAGAAAAUCAUGCAAUAAAUAUAAUUACAAAACAACCCA